UUAGUACUCGAGGAAGGUAAAAGUUGGUGAAAUUUCUCACUGGUGGGUGCUGGUCGAAUACCAGUCAAACCCCACGAGGGAAUCCCGUCCGUUCUUGACAGCAAUUUUUGGCAGCCGCAUCGCUUGGUAAAUCUGUCUUGUUUGUCUAACUUUUAUAGAAAGAAUGACAUAAGACACAGAAACAAUUUGUAAUCAACCAAUCAGAGUUUGUGAUUAAAUGAGUUUGGUAAGAGAAUACAAAGGAUAUGGAGGUGUUGUCUUGGACAAUGAGAGCGCAUACAAUUGUUGCUUUCUUAUGAUCAAGCGAUUGCCAUUUCGAUGAGAGCCAUCUAGACAAUCCGAACUCGAAUCUGAAGAGCGUGUUAAUAGGCUGGACAGAUCUGAGAACUUGACUAUGGAGGAUACUUCGUUCGUGAUUCAGAAUUCAUAUGCAGAUCAUAAGCCACCGAGGAUGCCCAAAUGUGCAAGAUGUCGCAACCAUGGGGUCGUGUCUUGGUUGAAAGGACACAAACGCUAUUGUAGAUGGAGAGACUGCACUUGCCCCCAAUGCACGCUUAUAGCUGAGAGGCAGAGAAUUAUGGCAGCACAAGUGGCUCUGAGGAGACAGCAAACACAAGAAGAGAGCAUGAGAGUAACGCGGGCCCCGACUUCAUCUCUGAAUGCCGUCUACACCGAAAUUCCAGAACCCCAUACUUCAUCUAAAGAAACAUCCCCGAAUCAUGAUGAAGGAAGCCCAAGGACAAGCAGAAGCAGCUCAGAAAGCAGUAUAAAUGUUCAUGAAGUGAAGGUCAAGUCUGAGCCAAAGAGCCCAGGAAGUUUCGAAAGAGAAACUGUAGACCUAAAUAACAAUUGCGAUAGCUCUCUCACGAAACAGAAGCGAAGGUUCAGUGAGACGACCACCGAAGAUGAGCCGAGUACGAACAAGUACUCUAGGAUAUCUCCCAAACAGAGAUCUCCUGUUAGUAGCAAAGUUGCCGAUGUGCCUGAAGAAUCGAUUGAGAUUCUACAGAGAAUUUUUCCUCAUCAGAGUCGAGCUAUUCUAGAAUUGAUAAUGCGUUCUUCAGAGAAUGAUCUCGUCAGAGCUAUCGAAUCUCUGAUACCUGACGGUAGCACACACCAUCCCUAUCCUACUGUGGUCUCAGUUCGCGGUUAUGGCAGACAAAUCGUCCCUUAUCCACCGACGGAAGACAAUGGGAGGCGCUCAGCAUUUUCGCCCAUCGGGAAGAACGGACUUUAUCUUACUAAUUCACAGAAGAAAGGGGCGCGCUCUUUGAGUGCUUUCCAUCCUGUUCAUCCAUACACUCGACCAGAUGCAACCCCAGCACCAGUCCAAGAACACUUCAAAAUACCAUCACCCCAUAUUCAUCCAUAUGGCUAUAACAGACACGCUUCUACUGCACUGCUGUCGCUUAGCAGCGCAAAGCACGUGCCUGUGACGCCAGAGCAAGGAAAGUUUUGUGAUGUUUGUGGUUUUGGAGUCAAUGGCGGGGACAAGUUUUGUAGCGAAUGUGGGAAAAAAUUACAAUCGAAAGUUCAGCUUUGAUUUUAUACCAUGUUAAUGUAUAGUUCGAUAUGAAGUCGGAAAAUAGACUCGGCCACAAAUAUAGACUUUGCCUAUUUAUCAAAGAGAGCUAGCGAAAAUGUUAGGAAAAUGGAAUAUUUUUAUUUCCGAAAAGCUGUUGUUUAUCGAAAAAAGUACCUCAAACAAUGGACGUGAAAAACUAGUCGUCCGAAGAAAAUUUCGCAAGAAUUACAUGUAAGGUCAUAGCAAAUUACUAAAUGGCUGGCACUUCGUGUUAUGAACACUUCAAGUUUUUUGUCACAGUUUUAUAAAAAGCAAACUGUGUAUUAUCCCUUGAGUCAAUCGGGUGGAAAUAAGGUUAGAGUUAGGGUUAUUUUGAUCACUCGGUGUAUUUGAACUCAAUUUUUUGAGAGGGUUUGAAACAGAAAGUUCAGGAAAUAAAAACGUGGGAAAAAAACUCGAAGUGUCCACGGUUCGAGUGUCCUCACUAAGAAGUGUUUUACUACAUUAGAAAGUAACUUACAUUAAUCCUUUCGUUUUGUGCUCGUUCGUAUUGUUUUCCUGAUAUUUAAAUCUUUCUAUUGUCUGAUUUCGUAUUCAAUAACCAUUACUGAUGCCAUGAAAGCGGCUUGUCUAAUGCAUAUUGCAAUAAGAUUUAAAUCUGGCUUUUGCAACUUGAAGUUUUUGUGUUGAUUAUCGAAGAAGAAUCUUUUGUUUUGCUUUAUCUCGUAGCUGCUUCUAUGAGUUUUUUAGUAUUCCUUAACUAUUUUACCAGAGUAUUUAUCACGGAAUUUUACAGUUAGUUCAGUUUUUGCCCAAGCAAAUAAAGUUAAGAUCUGUUAUGAUAUUUUAGAGCUCUUUUUAUGUUUCUUUCGACCUGAUUUUUCAAAAACCUCUGUUUUUGGCUCCCGGCAUUCAAAAUUAUUUUACUCUUUUCUAGUCGUGCGAGGAAUUGUGGUCAAAGAUAAGUCGAAUAUGAAGAUUUGCGACAGCCCCACGAUGUGCUGUGCGCGUUAAGUUUUACUAGCUAGUCCUUCAAAAAUAUUAUUUUUGGGAUACAUAUAAGGAUUAAAUAUAAUGUUAAUAGCUUUGUUAGUGUGAGAUUGGUAAUUUAUUAAACAAAGAUUUGGUGUGUGAA